UAAAUGUGGAAGAACCAUUUAGGUUGAAUGCAUUCAGUUGUGCAACUGACUAGGUAUCCCCCUUUCCUUUCCACUCUCACUCAGUUUCAAAAUGUUUCUCCCUACUGAACAAGACCCAGCUCGGAGUGCUGUUGAGGUGACGAAAGAGUUAAGAUGCAAGAACGGCGUGAGUAGAGCCGGUGCUGGAGCCGUCUCUAAACAUGUGCGGCUGUCCUGGCUAGUGGCUACUACUGCAGUCCGUGAAGGAUCGGACAGUGGAGGGACCGGGAACGGUGUGCCGGUAACAGGACGGUGAGACUUCGCAUGGACUGUUAGUCCAUAUAUCAUAUAAAUUAUUGACUGUGCUGCAUCCGGUGGGACCACCGCAGCGACAAUAUUACGACCUGUAUUUCUCAUCCACUAGAUAAAAGGAGAGGGAUGGUCAUAAUGGAGUAAUUGAACAGGGGACCUUUCACACACCAAACCAACCAUUAGACCAAGAGAAAACCCUUGAGGUCUCAAAGUGACAUUUGGGCAUAAAACUCUCAGGCACGACUACCUCAUCACGAAGGCGUGGCGAUUCCAAAUAACCCCUACUACAAUGGCAACCACAGCCCCUACGCCGGUGCCUCUGACGGUCCUGUGUCGCUGGUACCUGUACGCCAUCCACGGCUACUUCUGUGAGGUCAUGUUCACCGCCGCCUGGGAGUUUGUGGUCAACCGCGACUGGAAGUUCCCUGGUGUUACCAGUGUGUGGGCUCUGUUCAUCUACGGGACCUGCAUCCUCAUUGUGGAGCACAUGUACCUGGCCCUCCGAGCUCUCCACUGCCCCCUGCUGCUGCGAUGCCUCAUCUAUACCCUAUGGACGUACAUCUGGGAGUUCAGUACAGGGCUGUUGUUGACCCAGUUCGGGGCAUGUCCCUGGGAUUAUUCCCAUUUUCAGUAUAACUUCAUGGGGUUGAUCACGGCAGAGUACGCCCUGCCAUGGCUCUGUGCGUCGUUCAUGAUGGAGCAACUGGUUAUACGCAUCACACUGCGGCUAAGGAUGGACACAGACGGAACAGAGGACGUCAAGUCUUAUGCAGGCGGGGGAGAAGAUGGGGGAGGAGGGGGGAGGAGACAACGGGGUGAACAAGGAGGUACAGAGGUCAAUGGUUUCCUGAAAGUGGACUGAGGACUGAGUAAAGAACACUGAGGUUCGGUUUUAAAGACACUGAUUAACCUGAUACUGGACUAAAAAGCCUUCUCAAUGGAUAAUCUCUAUUGAAAGUGCUUUUUAGUCCAGGACUAGGCUUAAUCUGGGUCCAGAAAACGGUCCCUGAAUCGUAACUCUUCCUUCUGGGAAAUGUACACUGUAUUUUUAUUUAACAACAUUCAAAGUACUGUAGUUAUGUAUCUUCAGGUUGCAAUCUGAAGUAAGUUCUGUGUUGACUAUCACAUUUGACUGGGUCCUAAAGCAAUGCAAUAGCUUCAAUUCAUUUGUCAUGUGGAGAAUGUUUUUCUAAAGUUAGUGAUAGAGUUCUGUAUGCACUGCAGUCUGGUUCAAAAGGCAAUUCAUUUAGAGUAGUCUACAACUCAGUUAGGUGUACUCUUAUAAUGUACUGUAUGUAUUACACAUGAUUUAGAGUAGUCUACAACUCAGUUAGGUGUACUCUUAUAAUGUACUGUAUGUAUUGCACAUGCCCUAGCCUGCUAUAUGAAUGAUGUCUCAGGUACCUACAUUAACUGUGGGCUGUAUCUACUGUUCUUCCAAAUGAAUGAAAUCAGGAUUUCUAUGUUCAGAACCAGAACCGUGACAAUGUCUAGAGUUACCCUCUUGUGGAUUUGCACUCUAACCCCAUUUGUCAUUUUAUUUUACCUUUAUUUAACUAGGCAAGUCAGUUAAGAACACAUUCUUAUUUACAAUGACAGCCUAGGAACAGUGGGUUAACUGCCUUGUUCAGGGGCAGAACGACACCUUUCACCUUGUCGGCUCGGGGAUUUGCUCUAGAAACCUUUCAGUUACUGGCCCAACACUAUAACCACAAGGCUACCUGCUGAACUUGGUUCAGUUUAUCAACCAGCUAAUUAUUAGAAUCAGGUGCGGUAGACUAGGGUUGGGGUGAAAACCUACAGGAGAGUAGUGCUCUAGGAAUUGAUAUGAUACAGCACCUGAAAGCUUGAUCUGAAGUCUCAUAUUUACAUUUAAGUCAUUUAGCAGACGCUCUUAUCCAGAGCGACUUACAAAUUGGAAAGUUCAUACAUAUUCAUCCUGGUCCCCCCGUGGGAAUUGAACCCUGGUCCCCCCGUGGGAAUUGAACCCACAACCCUGGCGUUGCAAGCGCCAUGCUCAACCAACUGAGCCACACGGGACCAAUAUAAUAUGAAUACUGUAUUACCACAAAUCUUUCCCAACUUCCAAAUCCAGGAGCUGGUGCGAGAUUUGGUUCUGUGUUCCUUCAGAGAUUAUAUUGGCACCAACAACAACCAUAGGAUUUGACAAGACAGCACAAACAGAUGUGGGACCUUAGAGAUAGAAUUACAUUCUGUGUGUGGGACAACCAGGCUACCUCAAGCCACGCGGAAUCACAAGCAGUAGAUCAACAAUGCAAAGUGAUAACGAUUAUAGUUUUCUUUUUUUCAAUCGCUUUGGUACUAUUUUCACAAGUAUGUGGGGAAUUUUCAAAACUCAGUACAAAACUCCAAACUGUAAUGCAGUUACACUGUAACUUGUAAAACUUUUUGUGCAUUCAUUUUGUUUGAAGACAUCUUUCACCACACAACCAUUGAUUCAAAGAUCCAAGUUUACUGUGAAAUAUAAUGAGAACAUUGAUUUAAUCACCAGAACACAACAAUGAUAUCUUCUCAAUUUAGUUAUUUUAACAACCAGUUAAUCAAUAGUAAAAAUAAAAUAAAAAUACAUGUUUAAAAAUUGCCAUUUGAAUGUAACAUGCUACUGUACUAUAAAUGAUGGUACAUUACACUGUUUUCACAUUACACUUGCACUACCCAUUAAAAUGUACUGAACCUCAAAUGUCCAUCAUUUCUAUACCAUGUGUGAUCAAAGGUGUGAAAAUUGAAGACAUCUUUCACAAUCAUUGAUGCAGAAAUGUAAUGUACUGUUCAAGUAUCAUUGCAGCAUACUGUAGGUGUAUUGUAACCAAUUGAAAGGAAUGUAAAAAACAAUUAACAGGCAUUAGUUUGCAUCAAACGUUGUCUUGAGAAUUUGGCCAUAGGCUCAUAUCGACAUGGCAGUAAAAUUCCUCAUUGUUCAUGCUCGUGGGGAAAAACCUUUUGGCAUGGUGAAUCCAAGCUUUACAUAGGUCUGAUGUCACUGCAUGCUGCAUGCUUCAUCCAUGGCCUGAAUGAGGGUGGUACGCUCAUGGGGAUUGCAAUCAUACAUCGUCUACCUGUAUUGUAAUCAUGUAUUGUAUUUUACAGUAUUGAAUUGUACUUAUGUAUUAUAGUGGCCCUGUACGUGGCUCAGUUCAUAAGAGCACGGCACAAGCAACACCAGAGUUAUGGGGUCAAUUCCCAUUCCCAGUUACAAUGCAACUUUAUUUAAGCGGUGUGACCCCCCCCCCAUCAAAAAGACCCCAGCAACUUCAUUCUGGACACACAUUUACUGUAUAGGGGGUGCAUUUGUUACAUACAUCACAUCUCUGAUCUGGUUAAUAUCAGAUUUCUUAAAACUAACUAGUCAAAUCCUAGUCAUCAUUAUAGUGCAUUAUAGUAUACUGUAUAUUAUACUUUAUGUGUUUCUAGUUUACAGACAUACAUUUUCAUUAUGUACAAAAUCUGUGGUAGACAAAACACUUUAAAAUCUAUAGGUUUAACAAACAGUUCAGUGAUUAGCAAACGUACCACAUAUUUGUGAAAAUUUCACCGAAGGUAUUUACAAUUUUUAUUUAAAAAUGUAUUUAAAAAUGUAGUCCCUAACUGGUUAUUUGAGUCUAAUUUACUACUACCGGUAUAUGUCAGUAGGCCUAGAACAUUGGGUGCUGCUAAUGUCUUUAUACAAGAAAUCCAUUGCUUUGAUGAUACAAUUAUAGUAAUGAGAAUUUACAAGCCACAGAAAUGAAAUAUGCAAUGGAAAGUGUGUGUGUGUGUGUCUGCAUGUUUAGUGAUGGUGGGGGAGAGGCUGAUCUCUCACCACAUAAACCUAAGACUUAGUAUGCAUGUAACAAAAUCUGUUAUUGUCAGGUGUACUUUUUUCCAAACCUUAGUUUUCUUGGUUUGACAAAAAAAAACUAUUAUUAUGAAAUACUGCACUGUAUUAUAUCACACAUUUUAACGAUGUAUUGUGUAUAGUUUGUGGAAUAAAUUUAUUUAUUUGACCAUAAAA